AUGGCAGCACCCAACGGAAACGGCUCUGCCCACGGCGGCAUGAUCGACCAGGACGAUGUGCAAGAUUGGGUGAAACGCUUCAACGAGGCAUUGGCCGACUCAACCGUCGUUACAGCUCCCGCCGGCCCAGAUGCUCGUCCAUGGCACGAGUCUUUCUUCGGCUGCUUUAUGCCCAUUGAUACUUGUACGUUCUCCCAAUUCCUUCAUAUAGAGGCGUCGGGCAGAAGAAAUAUCGCACAAAAUGUGGAAACCCCUGACAGUAUUAUUCUGAAGGCCUCAUCACCUGCUGUGUUCCGUGCAUUACUUUCGGCAAAACCCACCAUCGCAGCCUGCCUCAUGUUCACAGGAUUCUCAUGCUUCGGCCUCCACUGGAUUCCCAUGAUGUUCCAACGCGCCGACAUCCGCAAGAAGUACAAUCUCCAAGGUGACUGUGUGACGGAUCUGUUCACCUCGUGCUGCUGUGCCUGCUGCUCUCUUGUCCAACAGGAUAAGGAGGCCGAGUUCCGUGAGAAAGAGAUGGCGGAGAAAGUCAAUGGUGCUGGAUAUGCGAAGCCUCAGGGUAUGGCGUAUCCUGCUUAG